AAGUCCUUGGCUGGCCUAUAAAACCAUGCGACACUUCCUCACCAUCUUACAAAUCCCAGGAAACACAUUCAAGUUUUUCAAUAUGGAGAAACAAGUAUUCAUCCCCCUUGUUUUGGCUCUCAUGGUCGUAGGAGUGCAAUCAACAAAGUUGACAUUUACAAAUAGGUGCCCAUUCACAGUGUGGCCCGGCACGUUGAACAACUUCGGCAAGCCCCCAUUGUCCAAAACAGGGUUUGAACUCGCCCAGGGUGCAUCGGAAUCAUUAGAUGCACCCGUAGGAUGGGAAGGCCGGGUCUGGGGCCGAACCGGUUGCUCCACGGACUCUAAUGGAAGGUUCAGAUGUGACACAGCGGAAUGUGGAAGUGGUGUAGUCGCAUGCAAUGGCAAUGGCGCCGUACCGCCGGCCACCCUAAUCGAGUUCAAAUUCCAGGGUGACGGUGGCAAGGAUUUCUAUGACACAAGCCUAGUUGACGGCUUCAACCUGCCUUUUUCCAUUGCCCCACAGGGCGGAACAGGUGAUUGCAAAGUUAGUGGUUGCCCGGCGAACGUGAACGCCAUCUGCCCACCGGAGCUUCGGGUCACGGCUGGCGGUGCUACGAUUGCAUGCAAGAGUGCUUGCGAAGCGUUCAACACUGACGAAUAUUGUUGCAGGGGUGCGUUUAAUUCACCAGAUACAUGCAAGCCCACCAACUAUUCCAUGAUCUUCAAGAAUGCAUGUCCGUUGGCUUAUAGCUAUGCCUAUAAUGAUGGUUCCAGUACUUUUACAUGCACCGGUGCUGACUACAUCCUCACCUACUGCCCAUGAUGAGCUCAAUAUCCAUAUAAAAGGUUUUAUAGACUAUCUGAAUAAUCAUGUUUGUUUGAGAAAUAAGGUCCUUGUUAUUGGACACAUCUGAGGCACUAUGUAUCUGUAAUCCAUAUGCAUUGAUAUGAAUAAAACUCGAUGGCCCGUGCCAUAAAAUUAUAUGAAGUUUGUUUUUCAAUC